GUUGCGCACUUUUAUUUCAUUCGAUUACAAAAAUAUACAAGUAGUGUAUACAUAAAAAAAUAAUAGUCAUAAUUAUAAAUAUAAUUUUAUAUAAAGUGUAUUGUAAUUAUAAGUCUUAAAAGAAAAUAAAGUAAUGAUGGAUGACUGCGAUUGGCAAAACAAUUUUCACCAAAUGAAAGACCGAGGUGCAUAUUUACUUAAAUCUGAAAAAUGGUCCGAUUGUCGUUUUCUAGUGGGAACAGCACCAAACCAACGCAUAUUAGCUGGUCAUAAACUUUUUCUAGCAACAGCAUCGCCAGUAUUUGAACGUAUGUUCUACGGCAAUUUACCAGACAAAACCGAUCCAAUUAUAAUACCAGACGUGCAACCAGACGCAUUUCAAGCUAUGCUGGAAUAUAUCUACUCGGAUAAUAUAAAUAUUAGUACAUUUGACAAAGCAUGUGAACUUUGUUAUGUAGCAAAGAAAUACAUGUUGCCGCAUGUGGUGGAGCAGUGUACACACUUCUUAUGGGCAGAUUUGAGUCCUAAGAAUGCUUGCAGAGCUUAUGAAUUUGGUAAAUUAUUUGAUGAAGCACGCCUUAUGCAAAGUAGUAUGGAUAUAAUAUCUGCGCAUACGCGUCAAGUAUUGGAAGAUUCUAGUUUCUUGGAUAUAGAAAUAUCAACACUAAUGGCAAUAUUAGAUCAAGAUCAUCUGAAUAUAGAUUCUGAAUUGGAUUUAUUUAAUGGUCUUGUUAAAUAUGCGAGAGAGCGUGCAUUAUUUACAGAAAAUGCAGAAGUUAUAAAACCUUUAAAACACAUGUCAGCAGAUGGUAACGCUGAUAGCAUGCAACAUCAAGGCGAUUUACACAUAGACGUGGGUAGUGUUGAGGAAAUUAAAAUGGAACCAGAUGUGGCAGAAAUGAUGCAACAUCAUCAGGAUGAUGAUAUCAGUUAUGAUGCUGGUAAUUCCACACCACAUUUAGUUGAUGAUAUAGUAGUAGUUGAUAGUGAUGCUUCCGGUGCAGAUGCUGAUGUUCAAGAAAUACCAUCCGGUAUUGCUUCUGCAUCAAGUAUUAACAGCCUGAUGGAUGCACAAAGGUUAAUGAUUGAUGAGGCAACAUUAAGACAAGCAGUUAAAAAAAUUAGAUUUCUAACUUUAACACCACAACAAUUUGCCGAAGGUCCUGCACGUUCGAAGCUAUUGCAACAAAAUGAAGCACUUGCCAUAUUGAUUAAAAUCUCCAGUCCAGCUAUUAAUGAUCUACCCAUGCCAGAAGGUUUCUGCAGUUCAAUGCGUACCAGAAAUUUAUUUGAGCAAAGAAAUCAACAAAACUUGUCAGCAUAUCGUAAUUCAGUCAAUUUUAGUAAUACACCAGUAAAUUAUUCUGCAGAUGCACAACCUGUGGCUAGUACUACUGCAACUGUUUUAACUAUGCCUACCGUGCCGGUCAGCACACAUGAAACAGAUGCUGAUGUCGCUACAAAUGAUACAAGAAGAUGUUACUGUGUGCGUACUGCUAAUCAACAGUUUGAUUAUCGUAAUACUAGCGUCACGGACUGUGGACUUACCUUUUUAGUAGACACAAAUAUUUGGAUAACAGGUGUACAAGUACCCACACAAGUGCUUUGUGGUGAGCUUAUGAAUUCGGCUGGAUUUUCUGAUCGUUACACAGAAAUACUUUACGCACACAUACAGGAUAUGCAAGGUUCACGCUUAACUUACACGCAUUGCACUUCUAGGGUACGUUAUGAUUCUUUGCUGGAAAUAUCAUUUGAUCGACCUGUGUACAUUUAUAAGCAUCAGACAUAUAAAGUGUUUGUUGUCUUCAAUAAGGUGGGCUGGUACCCCAUGUAUACAUGUGUACCCGAUGUGACUUGUAAUCGUGUCAAGUUUAUGUUUAAUGUAGGCAAUCCAAGCGAAUCUGUAAGAGAUGGCUUAAUCCGUGCCAUUGUAUUUUCCUUGCCACAAGAAUUUUCACGUAGUAUAGCGGAUUAAACGUAAUAAUUGUGUAAAAUAAUUGGAAGUAUUUCGUAACUAAAACAUUAUUUUAGUAUUUAUGUAUCUUUAUUGUUAAGACUUUGUUUACAACUUCCAUAAUCAAUAUAAUAAGGGUGUUCACGAUCUUGUGUAUGAAGCACGGCAAGCAAAUACAUAUGAAGUACAUGCAUUUUGCUCUUAUCACUUUAUAGUGUUACCUUGUUACUUAAUUAACGAGCUUAUUACUCAAGAUCGUGAACGCUCCUAAUGUAACGAAUCGAAUCUUAAGUUUUUAACAGUAUCGACAAAAAUUUUUUACGCAGAAAGUGUUUAUGUUAAAAUGUACAAUUAAAUUUUUUGUUUUUUUUAUAUAUCAACAAAAUAUUAGAAGCAAUAACUAAUAUUCUAUGAUUUUGUGAAAUUUUAAUGGAAGAAUUGCUACAUUAAGUAUGUAAAAUUAUUUGUAAAAAUUUUUUUUUUUAUUUUACUUUAUUGUUCGUCGAUACCUUCUAUAUGUAGUGCUUGUGUUUAUUUCUUCCUAUGCGUUAUGUGUUUUCAAAAAGUAUUUAUUAUAACAAUAAAACUGUUAUUUUUAACAAU